AUGUUAUAUAAUUUGUCCGGUGACUUGCCGAAUACACUAAAGGCUGCAAGAAGUUAUGUAAAUAGUGUUCGGAGAAAAUACAAACUGCCAGCUCCUAUUGAGCCUACUAUGAAUUCCAUACCUUCUAAAAUUUAUUGCAGACAUCAUGCAGAUUGUAAGUAUCCUCCUCCACCUGAGAGUAAUAAAAAAAAUGUCUGGAAAGCCCCUCUCUUAAAGCGUCCUAGUAAGAACCACAACUCGAAUCAUGAAGAGCCUCCUGUUUUUUGUGCUGGAAUGACUCCACAGCAAGUUCGUUUCCCUCGGUAUUGUAACUGGUACAUGGAGAAAGAACGUAUAGUCAUUGGAGAAGAUGGGAAAGAUGGUUGGAUAUGUGUGUCCCAACAGGAUGAUGUACGUGAAAUUCUAAUAUGUUCUCAUCCCAGGACAUACAAUACAUAUGACAAGAAUACUAGACCAAACAAUAAUAAAACGAACAAGCAUUUAGUUAUCGAUAGGAAUUUAUGGAUUUGGGUGCUGGGAUACUUCAUGUCUACAUAUUUGGUAGAAAAUAUCUGUAAGCAACAGAUCAAAAAUCCUGUUAAACUUUUUGCGUUCAACUUUGGGAAAUGGGAAUCUCUAGAAUCUAAAGACUAUCAAGCAAAAGAGUGCCAUGGUCAUUUACACGUUCAUAUAAAACCGGAGGUGGUUAUAGCAUUCGAAACUGCUGGAACUGAUGCCAUGUAUGGAAAAAUAGGGCAGCCUAAGCAGUAUGGCAUACAAAAUUGUAUAGAAUUAGAAACGUAUCGUCUAUUAAGCUCAGAAAUGGGACAAGUUAUAGAAGAGAUUAGUGGAUUUAGAUCAGAAACUAACGAGCUUAAAACAGAAAUUAAUGGGAUGAAUCAAAAGCUAAAUGAGAUAUUGAAACUUAUUCAAAAAAGAUAG